UGUCCGUGAUGUCAUUCCUGGCUCUACAGCAGAUUGACUGCGCUCCAAUAAGUAAGGAGCAAUACAGAUUACCAGUCAGUGUCCUGCAAGCUCUGUCUAACAAGGGAACUUUAAUUCUGGAAGUGGCACUAAAAACAGCUCUGCAGGCUCUGGAGGGGGCUGUUAAAGAGCACAAUCGUCGUCAGCUGGAAUGUAGAGGAUGCGUUCUCUGCCUCUUUCCUGAAUGUACUAGUCUCAGUGUACAAUGUAGAGAAAAAGACAGAGCAUCAGACAUGGAGCCAACCUGUAAAGAUCUCCUGACUGUGGAAAGUGAAUCUGAUGCAGUGGAAAGGAGUUGGGCAGUAAGCCGGCUGUGUGGCUUUUAUCAACGCUUCUGCUCUGAAGUGAACAGCACAUCACAAGCUUGCAUCAAGGCUAUGGCAGGGCAUUGCCAUCUCAAAAUUCAAGAGUGCAAAUUGGAAAGUGACAUGGAUUAUCUCAGUGACUCACCAGAUGAAGGAAGUUUAUUGACCUGUGGACGGACUAUAGCACCUGUCAUUAACAGUACUGGUCCCAAAGGUCGUAUAGUUGGAGGGAGUGUUACCUCACCAGGGUCUUGGCCAUGGCUGGUUAACAUUAGACUUAAUGGUGAGCUCAUGUGUGGAGGAGUCUUGCUGGGAGAUGUGUGGGUCCUUACAGCUGCACAUUGCUUUAAUGGGGAUGUAAAUGAAUUGCACUGGACAGUUGUUGUUGGAGAAUAUGAUCUCAGCAAGCAGGAAGAUGGAAAAAUGGUUUUCCAAGUGAACAGAAUUAUAAUUCAUCCUAAGUUUGACCAGAAGACAUUUAAUAAUGAUGUAGCCCUGGUAGAGCUGACAAAUAAAGUGAGAGCUUCUGAGAGAGCAAUACCUGUGUGUCUGCCUUCAGCACCUGUGGACCCUGCUCCUAGCACAAACUGCUACAUUGCUGGAUGGGGAUCUCUUUAUGAAGAUGGUCCACCCUCAGAUGUUGUCAUGGAAGCCAGUGUACCAGUCCUAAGUCAGGAAUCCUGUAUACAGACCCUGGGGAAAGAGAUGUUCACCAACACCAUGUUCUGUGCAGGUUAUCUUACUGGAGGCAUUGACUCUUGCCAGGGAGACUCUGGAGGACCUUUGACCUGCCAGGAUCCUUUAUCUAAGCAAUAUGUAUUGUAUGGAAUCACCUCCUGGGGUGAUGGCUGUGGAGAGAAAGGGAAACCAGGAGUAUACACUAGAGUAACAGCCUUCAUUGACUGGAUUGGAAGCCAGAUGAAAAAGUCAAACCCCACUCUAGAGCCUUCAUGUCUUGAGUUACGUGCAUUGAGUGAUAUUCAGCAAAAUAAUCACAAGUCAGAGAUCAACUCGGUCUGUUCUUUUUAUAAGCAGUCGUGUCCAGGUCCUCUUGGCCCAGAAGCUUGUACACGGCUAGCAGAGGAGAAGUGCAGACAGAAGCAGAGAAGAUGCGAGCUUCGAUCCUAUCUUCAGAUUCUACUAAAUUUGCUACGUAAGGCAGAAGACUCUUUGCGAAAAAACAUGGACUUUUUAUUCUUCACUCAGACCAUCCCACAGUUUAUGAAGCAAAUGUACAGCGACAUAUUUCCCUCUAGGGCUCGCAGAGACCUUCCAGAGCAGCAUUCGGCCUCGGAGGAGUUGAAUAAGAAUGGACAAACUGAUUUUGAAGAAUACAACAGGACAGAGACACAUUCUGGAAAUGAUACACACAGGAAACUACAGAGCACAGUGUUUGAUUCUCUUUUUUCAGAUAUGGGACCUGCUUUGGAUGAUUGGGUGUCUGCUCUUAACAGUCUGGCUUUUCCAGAGUCUGUGAAUUCACUAGAGGAGAAUGUAGAGGGCAAAGAAACACUAGGACUGGAGGAGCAGCUUUUACUGGAUAUAAAUGACGAUGAAGUGCAAGAGCUGAAAGAACAAGGAUGGCGGGCUAUUCACAGCCUGAAGUCACAUCUCAGAAGUGAAGGUGUUCUCAUAGACGAUCUUCCUGUUUCACAGAACCCUGCAGGAUCAAAUCUAGAACACCUAGUUCCUGAUCAUUCUCAACUGCAGAAAAGAGACCUCUCGAGCAUCAACAGAGAAAGGAAAGAAAACCAAGGUUGCCAGCACGUGGCAGAAGCACUUGGCGAAGUUGAGUCUGUUAAAGAGAAGUACAAGUGGAUCUUGCAAAUACCUGAAAGUGAGCUGUCAAUGAAGUUUCAGGAGAUCCUGGUGGACCUUGGAUCAAAGAAUGGGAAAGGCCUGUAUAGAGCUCGGGUUCAAGUUUGCGUGGCUGGGAAGUCCACAUCAUUUAUCAGCCUAGUUGGUCUGGAAAACAGCUCUUUUUACCGUACUAUGCCAGGACUCAUUGCUCUCUCAAUGGACACCUUGAAGACUUAAGAAACUCAAUGUAACAUCAAAUAACACAAAAAAGAAAACAAAGAUCAAAUUU